AUGGCGCUGCUCUUCUCUGACUUGGAGAAGGCCGCUGACUUCAGCAUCCGAACAGAGGAUUACAAGCUUAAAACUGAAGCUGAAGGUCACGAUAAAACUGAUGUAUUCCACUCAGACUCCUUAGUUCAGCGAUUUAGUAGAAGUAGUUGCCCUGAAAUUACUACACGUGUGGGGAAAGUUUGGUUUUCAAAAGAUGUGACCCUGAACAAGAUGUUUGAUGAAGCCAGAGAUCAACUCAGGUGUUGUUCUUCAGGUUCUGUCCACUCUGUUAUUUUGAGACAGUAUCUCUCUCUGGCCUGGAGCACGUCAAAUGAGCUAGCCGGAAUGAGCUCCAGGGAUCUUGCUGUCUCUGUGUCCUCAGCACUGGCUCCUUGUACCAGAAAGGCUGUGACUUGGAACAUAGCAUCUGAGGAAAUACUUGAGAAAGAAUUGAUCUCUAAGCCCCAACCUCUCCACUAUCCACUCUCCUGCUGUCUGGUGUCAAACCGGUCUGUCCUUUCCCAGAAAAGCUGGUGUGUAGAGGUUGACAAACCACCAAACCUAGUCACUAUUGCCAAUGCCAAGAAAUGCUUGCUGACAAGAGCCAGAUAUGAGUGUCUCCUGAGAGGCUCUGCCAGAGCACUACUGAUACAGAUGAGGAUGGUUGAAGCUAACCAUUGGACUGAACAAGUAGGCAUCAAUGGAGGAGUUAGAGAAAAGACUGAAGAUGCUGAAGUGGUUUGCAACCCCAUAGGAAGAACAACAAUAUCAACCAACCAGAACCCCUGUUGCUCCCAGGGACUAAACCACCAACCAAAGAGUACAUAUAUGGGGCUUCAACCACAUAUGUAG